CAAAGUGCGCUCUCCCAAGGACGAUAUAAAGAGACGCUGAUAAGUCCUCACAUGGUACACCUUCAUUCAACAUUACUUAUUUUUGACUACAUUUAAUAUUUUGUAAGUAGUCCUGUCCUGUGCAUUGUUUAGAAACAUUUUUUUGUUUACUGUUCCAUGCUGUACUGACUACAUCCUUAUGACACAGCGAUAAAAAGUUAUAUUUAGUACAUUGUAGUUCGAAUCAAGGGAUUUCUGAAUUCAUAAAGGACUGAUUGGUACAUAUCACAAUGUCUGUACUGAUGAAAUUGAUGGUCAGCCUGAUAGUUUGUUCAUACCUGGUCUCUGCCAUAAAUAUUACUAGCCUUUCAUCCGCCUGUCAGACAACCAUUGACCACUCAGGUUACAGUGACAAGAUUUCAAACUGCAAUAGUUUAACUUCUACAUCAGCAGCAAAAUUAACGCUUGUAGUCAACGGCUUCUGUACAGAAUUGGAGUUUUACAAUAUUGAAUCAGCUACGUGUGGUCAAAGCAGCGGGAGUCGAAGCAGCAGUGAUGCCAAAACCAGUUUUUACAAUGCCUUCAACAACGUGUCAGCGAAUUGUCAAGGCAGCGGCUUUAGUUGCAUUAAAGACUCUAUCAGUGGCAUUCUGAUGAAGCAACAAGAGAAAUAUUGCAUUCUCAUGAACAUCGAUCUGAAUGGGAAUUCUCUGAAGUCGUGUCUUACUAACCCGGAUUCAGGGUGUACAUCAGAUGAAUUCAACAGACUACAGUCAGCAGCCUGCGCCAAUAACAACACAUCAGCAGAUCAAAAGUUUGCGAACGCAGUGCUCGGCACCACCCAAGCGUGCCAGUCUAAGAUCUCAUACUGUGGUGGUAGAAGCGAUGACGCUAAAGCUAUGGUCGCUCAGGAGCGAUACUGUGACGCAUUCAACAUCAAAGUUGGCACCGACAGCACGGAAACGUGUUUUACCAGCGCAGGAGGCUGCACUUCUGCUGAGUUCUCCACUCUUAAAGAAGCUGCUUGUGAUGCGUCGAUCUUAACUUGGAAUCUCAUUACUGUAGUUCUAAGUUACAUAACUGUAUUCAAUUUUAUGUAAAGACAUAACUAUUAUUUAAACCAAAAUUUGAAAGUUAAAUAAUGUAAUAAUUCUUUCUGUUUAAUAUGAUGUAUAAGCAGAAAAGUGACUUUUAUUAAUCAAUUUCGGGCUUUGUGAUUAUAAAUAUAAAUUUAUGCAAUUUUGGUUGACUCUAAAAAGAUCAAUAAUAUCAAAAGUGUAAGAAGAUGGGAAUUCACAUAUUAUCUUCAAUAAAGUUGUAAUCACAACAUAUACAGUUCCUUGGUAUCUUUAUAAACAACACUUUAAAUGUGUAUGUUACAUUUAAAGACUAGCUCGAACUAGAUCUAAUAGACACUUACAAUUAUAUUCUGGCAUUCAGACAAAAGGACAAAUUGAUCAAGAAAUAUGAAUUAAAAACCUGGUCAUUGUAAUUUAUUACUUCAAUAAUAAAAUAACAUUGACUAAGUUUGUAUGUCUACCCCUAAUGUACAACUUAUGAAAGCUAGCGCCUCUAUUUUAAUGCCCAUUAAGUCAUAAUUCAAUAGUUCUUUUAUUUCGGUCUUGAUUCUAUUGCGCUAUGUAUUUAGUUUUAUUUUUUACUUUACCUUAUGUAUGAAUGAAACAGUAUCAAUGAGAAGAUUAGACUGUCCAAACGUUCAACUAGAGUCAGAAAGUUUUGAAAGGGUACAUAGUACAUACAUAUCUUCUUUCUUUUUUUUUUUACAACGCCUAUGUGAGCUCACUGUCUGGUAAAAUGAAUGUUUUUUCUCCCAUUUUUUGGUUCAAGUUAAAACUUUGCACAAUCAUCCAUUGUACCUGACAAGACAUGAAUCAAUUAUAAAAAUUAAACAAUUAGUUAAUUAAUUGUUGGUGAUUAAUUAUGUUGUUUGAUUUCGAAAAAGAGAAUAAAUGCUACUUAAUGAGAGAUGUAUAUAUAUAUAUUUAGUCCCCUUAUUACGUUUUGACACGUUUUUUUUCUCCCACUUCCUAUUGAAAUUGUGCAUAAUUAUUCCUAGUCGAUAACACUACACGAAUCAAUCCAAAAAAUUAACCGAUUAGCUAAUCAUUUAGUACUAAUUAAUUAAUUUUAUUUCAUAUACCAAAAGGAAAGCUAAACCCUGCAAUUUUCAGAUAAAUGGCAUUAAUUAGCAGUUACUUCCCCAUAGCUAAGCUUUGGUUUUUAAAAAUAGUAUUAUUUUUUCUUUUGCAUGUUUUGUUUGCAUUAAAGAUAUGAGAGAAAAGAAUUGCAGCGUAGACGACAAAAAACUUAAUGUAAUCACUGACUGACUGACUGACUGACUGACAGGCUUACACUAGAUAAGAUUACAACGUCUAGCUAAAACCACGAAUCUGACUUGAUGGCUGUCUGACUCAUUAUCCUCUCUGGACAUUGAUGACACUAAAAGGGAUAUGCCCAACUUGAUAAAAGAAAGAUAAUCUUGCUUUAAAAAAUUGAUUUGCAUUCCUAUGACAAGCUAAGGGCUAGAUGGUUAUAUUUAGAUAAGCAUGCGACCUUUUUCUUUUUCACAUCUCCAACAAACAAACACAAAUAUACUCUACAUAACUGGAAACAUUUUGUCUACAAUUACUAACAUAACAAGACAUAAAAAAUCAGUCAUGUGUAUAUUUAAUUCUUGGUUAAUUGUUACCAAGCUUAUAUCAACUCACUUAGCCUAGUUGUCUAUUCUAGUACAAAGUUGAAACUUUACCCCAUUAUUUGUUGUACUUAGCAACAUGAAUCAAUUUUAAAACAUUAACCAAUUAGUUAAUUAAGUAUUGGUAAUUAAUUAUUUUGUUUGGUAUCGAUAAAGGAAAAUAAAUGCUACUUUUAA